UGAUAUAAGCUUAAACUUUGCUUAAAAUUUAUCGAGGAAGCCGCCUUCUGAAUUUGUCGUCUUGACAAGAUUAUUGGAGUAAUAUUUUUAAUAAAGACUUGAAGUAAUUUGAGCUCCAAACUAAAUUCAUUGACAAACUGGUUUGAAAUGAAAUAUUAGAUUCUGCAAAAACUUUCGGUACAUUUGCUGGAAUUCUUUUUCAAGUAAAAAUUAAAGUUUGCAGGGAAUAACACUGGGCAAUGUUGAUGAAUUUGCAUUGGAUUAUUAUGCUGUCUUAGUGACAAAGAAACAAUGGGGUUUAUUACCACAUUCAAUAUUUAUAUUCUUCUGAUAUUUUUCACUGCAAAUUUGGUAUUAUUGAGAUCCGUGAGAAAGAGAAGUUGUUGUAUUCAGAAUUGUUGAGGGGUUUUAGAUUUGGGUUCGUUGCUGUGAACGGUAAUUUUCGGAGAAGAUCUUUCUGGGGUUUAAAAUGCAGAAGGAUAGGGAAGGCAGUGCGGGUCCUGUAUCAUCGCCCUCGGCUCGGGUUCGCCACAGACGACAGCGAACUAGUGAGGUAGCAGAGUCUCCCAGAGCAAAUGGAACCCAUUUGCUGGUGGAUGAUCGGAACAAGUACAAAUCUAUGCGAACUCGUAUCUGGUCUUCUGUCUGGAUGAUUGGAGGAUUUAUUCUUAUUCUCUAUAUGGGCCAUUUAUACAUUUGGGCAAUGAUUGUUGUUAUUCAAAUUGUUAUGGCAAAGGAGCUUUUUAAUUUGCUUAGGACUACCCAUGAGGAGAGAGAUCUUCCAGGCUUUAGACUGCUGAACUGGCACUUCUUUUUCACAGCAAUGGUUUAUGUGUAUGGACGGUUUCUCAGCAGGCAACUUGUCAACAGUGUAUCUUCAGAUAAAUUUCUCUCACAAAUUUUCAGUAACCUUAUCAAGUAUCACAUGCUCACAUGCUAUUUCAUGUACAUAGCAGGUUUUGUCUGGUUUAUUUUAACCUUGAAGAGCAAAAUGUACAAGUAUCAGUUUGGACAAUAUGCAUGGACACACAUGAUUCUCUUUGUGGUGUUUGCCCAGUCAUCUUUUACUGUAGGAAACAUCUUUGAAGGCAUUUUCUGGUUUCUAUUGCCAGCUUCACUGAUUGUCAUCAAUGACAUUGCAGCUUACUUUUUUGGGUUUUUCUUUGGACGAACACCUUUAAUUAAACUUUCUCCAAAGAAGACUUGGGAGGGAUUCAUUGGAGCAUCUGUGACAACUAUAAUUUCUGCUUUUCUGCUGGCAAAUUUACUGGGACGUUUUCAGUGGUUGACUUGCCCACGCAAGGAUUUGUCGACUGGUUGGUUAUCAUGUGAUCCUGGUCCCAUGUUCAAGCCAAAGCUCUACUCCUUUGAAAGUUGGUUACCAUUGUGGGUAAUGGAUUAUUAUUUUCCAUGGAAGGAAGUGACGGUUCUACCAGUACAAAAGCAUGCAUUGGUAUUUGGUUUGUUUGCAUCAAGUAUUGCACCUUUUGGAGGUUUCUUUGCCAGUGGUUUCAAACGAGCAUUCAAAAUUAAGGAUUUUGGGGAUAGUAUUCCUGGUCAUGGUGGCAUUACCGAUCGGAUGGACUGUCAGAUGGUGAUGGCUGUAUUUGCAUAUAUAUAUUAUCAAUCUGUUGUUAUUCCUCAGCAGAACUCGGUUGAGAAUAUUCUAGAUCAGAUUCUAGGAAACUUGUCUAUUGAGGAGCAGAUAAGCUUGUACAAACAGCUUGGGGAAGUAUUGUACAGGAGAGGACAAGGUGGAGUUUCUUAUUUGUAAUAUAUUCUAUCAUGUGAUUCAUGGUACGGAGUGUCUCGUGCUGGGAUCCAAGUGGCACAAAUAACACAAGUCAUUGCAUCACGAUCAAAUAAUAAUGGCUUUCCAAUGAAAUUUUUUGUUUGCCCACUUAUUGCACAUCAUCUCCAAACGCAAAUUUUACAGUGUGUACAGUUUUUUCUUGGUGCAAAGUAUUUAGUAUAUUAUGCCUACACAAUCAGUGAUGAAGUUGCAAAGAUGCAGAUAGGACACUAGCCAAUCAGUGGCCAAUGCGCAUUCUGGAUUUCUGCGUUUUGUAAAAGCAAUUAAUUAAGCCCAGCUGUAGAUCCGUUCUACUGUGACAAAAUUUUCAGACUCUGUACCUUAUAAUUUGUAUUUUAAUGUAUCAUUGAUGGAGAUAUUCUAUUCUAAAAAGGCAGUAAACUUGUGUCAUGUAGGUAUUCAUGAGAAAAUUGCAUGAUGCAUUUUAGUC